AUGGCUCUCUCAACUCCUCUUUCUCAGAUGUCUGUUGCACUUCCAACUGGACUUGAUGGGUCAAGCCGAUCUAUGAUUAAGGUGCAAAGUGUAAGCUUCACUGAAAAGUCAUGUGGUUCUCUCCUGAGACUAGAUUCGAAAUCAAGAAGCUUUAAUGUGAAACAACGGUCAACAAUAUGUAUGUCACUUCAACAAGCAAGCAGAUCCAAAGUCUCUGUUACUCCACUAGAGCUUGAAGCUCCCAAAGAGACUCCAUUGAACUUGUACAGGCCUAAGGAGCCUUACACAGCAACGAUUGUUUCCGUUGAGAGAAUCGUUGGUCCACAAGCACCUGGAGAGACUUGCCACAUUGUGAUUGAUCAUGAUGGCAAUGUUCCUUACUGGGAAGGACAAAGCUAUGGAGUGAUUCCUCCUGGUGAGAAUCCGAAGAAGCCUGGUGCGCCUCACAACGUCCGUCUUUAUUCGAUUGCAUCAACGAGGUAUGGAGAUUCUUUUGAUGGCAAGACAGCUUCUUUAUGUGUCCGUCGAGCUCUUUACUAUGAUCCAGAGACAGGUGAAGAAGAUCCAUCUAAAGCUGGUGUGUGUAGCAACUUCUUGUGCAAUGCCAAACCUGGAGAUAAAGUCCAGAUCACCGGUCCUUCUGGGAAGGUGAUGCUUUUACCUGAGGAUGAUCCUAAAGCUACUCACAUAAUGAUUGCUACUGGAACCGGAGUUGCUCCAUACAGAGGUUACUUGCGUCGUAUGUUUAUGGAGAACGUUCCUAGUUUCAAGUUUGAUGGACUCUCGUGGCUCUUCCUCGGUGUGGCUAACUCAGACAGUCUUCUCUACGAUGAGGAAUUCGCCGGUUAUCUCAAGGACUAUCCAGAGAAUUUCAGGUAUGAUAAAGCGUUGAGCAGGGAAGAGAAGAACAAGAAAGGAGGGAAGAUGUAUGUGCAGGACAAGAUUGAAGAGUACAGCGAUGAGAUAUUCAAGCUUCUUGACAAUGGAGCUCAUAUUUACUUUUGUGGGCUUAAAGGAAUGAUGCCUGGGAUUCAAGAUACGCUUAAAAGGGUUGCUGAAGAGCGAGGAGAGAGCUGGGAGCAGAAACUUACUCAGCUCAGGAAGAACAAGCAGUGGCAUGUUGAAGUGUAUUAG